AUGGACCAGGCUUUGUUGACGUUUCAAAACCAGCUGACAGAAGAAGUGCUGGUCUCCUACACGACAGAUUACUGCUACAAGUGUGUGUAUCAGCAUAUGGUCUCAGUGAAACCCAGCAACAGUAAUGAAUCUGCCGUCGUCAGCACAAAAUUUACUUUAUCACUACAAGUGGACUCACAGACCAGGAACACAACUCUUUGCAGGUGGAGUCAGACAUACGGAGAAGGAGGUCAUUACACUGUUUGGAUUCGGUCAUCAGAGGCCUCCAGUAAUCCAAGCUGCUCUCAUACUGUGGAUAAAACACCAAACAAUGCACACCUGCCUCUCCUGGUGGCUGCUCUUGUACUGGCAAUAAUAGCCCUAUUAUUCGCCGGGGCCCCCUACAUCUACAGAAGGGGUUGUACAUCAAAAUGUGUUAAGACCAUUUGCUGCCAAGACCCACAGUACCCAUUGGAUAAUGUUGAAGCUUUGGACGCUGAGCACAACACUUCUAAUGCUAAACCAAAACGUCUGUGCUCUCUGGACACUUUCCGAGGGUUUUCUCUGACGGUGAUGGUUUUUGUGAACUACGGUGGAGGAGGUUACUGGUUCCUUCAACAUGCACCAUGGAAUGGUCUAACUGUAGCAGAUCUCGUCAUGCCAUGGUUCGUGUUCAUUAUUGGAACCUCAGUCGUGUUAGCUUUUGCAUCCAUGCAGAGGAAAGGAGUGAGUCGGAUACAGCUGCUGCGCAAAAUCACCUGGAGAACCGUGGUCCUCCUGCUGCUGGGCUUCUGCUUCCUGAACUACUCUCCAAGAGACGGACCACUUUCCCUGUCCUGGCUGAGAGUCCCUGGAGUGCUGCAGCGUCUGGGCUUUACUUACUUUGCUCUGUCUCUCCUGCAGACUUUCUGGGGCCAGAAAGAAAUCCCUCUGAGAGAACAUCACUGGUGGAACCCUGUGCAGGAUGUUGUCCUUUAUUGGCAGCAGUGGCUGAUUAUCAUCGUGCUGGAGACUCUGUGGCUGUGCAUCACUCUGCUAAUGCCUGUGCCCAGCUGCCCAACAGGGUAUCUGGGAGCUGGUGGAAUUGGUGAUAAUGGUCUUUACCCAAACUGCACAGGAGGCGCAGCGGGUUACAUCGAUAGAUGGAUGUUUGGUGAUAAUAUGUACAGAUACCCAACAUGCAAAGAAAUGUAUCUGACCACACAGCCCUUUGACCCAGAGGGGGUCCUGGGUACAAUCAACUCGAUCGUCAUGGGAUUCUUGGGGAUGCAGGCUGGGAAAAUUAUCAUCUUCUACAAAAGAAGGACCGUCCACAUCCUGUGCCGGUUCCUCGUGUGGGCUGCUGUACUGGGAAUCUCUGCAGCCAUCCUUUCUAAGUGCACGCGAGAUGGAGGAUUUAUACCUGUCAAUAAAAACCUUUGGUCAUUGUCCUAUGUGAUGUGUAUGGGCUGCUUCUCCUUCCUGCUGCUGGGAGGCAUGUACUUCAUCACUGAUACCAAGAGCUGGUGGGGAGGACAGCCUUUUAUAUUCCCAGGGAUGAAUUCAAUCUUCGUGUACGUGGGCCACUCUCUCCUGGGUUUUUACUUCCCCUUCAGCUGGGAGAUGCGUUUCCAGGAGAGUCACUGGGAGUGGCUCUUUCAAAGCCUGUGGGGAACUGCACUGUGGGUAAUCAUUGCUUACCUGCUGUACAGGAAGAAGUUCUUCCUCAAAAUAUGAACCAAGAUGUUAAAGACUGUAUUCUAUUUUUCAAUUCUAAACAGAUUUAAUGUAUUGAUUAAAUAUUUUAACGUCA